UUAAUGACGAUGUCAGUCAGUUGCUAAUGGAUUUGCAAUCGCUCACGUUAACUCACAUGAGCCACAAAACAGGCAAGAUCUUGAUCAGUUAACCAACUUUCCAUAACAUCAGCGGGCGUAACUUCGGCGCUGCUCGGCCUCGACGAUUUUCAAAUGGCUGCAUUUCCUUUCAACAGAAUGACCCCCUAUCCAGUACACGGCAUUGGUUUGUCCCAUCCUAGCUACGAACUCAUGGGGCCCAUGUCUUCGACAGUCGCUCAUCCACCUCGCAAACAACGAAGAGAGAGAACAACAUUCACGAAAGCACAACUGGAAAUCCUUGACGAUUUGUUCUCGAAAACAAGAUACCCGGAUAUUUUUAUGCGUGAGGAAGUUGCUAUGAAGAUAAGCUUGCCCGAAUCCAGAGUUCAGGUUUGGUUCAAAAAUCGCCGGGCGAAAUGCCGCCAACAGCAACAGAAUGCUGAUGGAAAAACAAAGCCUAAAAAGAAGCCAUCCACGCCUAAAGAAAAUGUACCAAAAACCACCUCAAGUUCACCUACUACCCCCUACACCCAAUACCAGACAUACCCCUCGAUGUGGGGAUCGCCAAGCGACCAAUCCAUUCGUGCCCCUGCUUAUCCCACGUCCGUCAUAGGUAACCCUAUGUGUAGCAGUUCCGCCUCCAUGAUGAUACCGCAUACCACCCAGGCAAGAUAUCAUGCGGGCACACAAGACCGUCCUUACGUACCGAUGGGGGUGUAUAUUAAUCGACCCAUGGCCCCAACCCCCCAACACCCGCUCGAGUUUCAUGAGCCCCCGAUGCAACAGCUUCCCAUAUCAGCGUCCAACCAGCCAAACAACGCAAGAGUCUAAGAAGUACUUCAUGACAGGAGAAUAGAACGGGCUUAAAUUAUGAGCGCCUGCCACAUUGCAUGCAUGCAAACGUCAAUUUGAGCCUCAACAAAAUGAACUAAAAUGUAGCAGGAAAAUUUCCUAUGACUUGAAAAUAGAUGUUAUAGAUUGACAAUAGUUUACUACUGAACCUAAAAAAUUAAGAUUGUUUCGCGCUAAGAUCAACAAUACCUCAGCAAGGGCCACUGAACAUCGGAGGGGGCUCCGCGGCACGGUGAACACCCUCCCUCCCCGAGGGGUUUCGAGCAUACUUGCCAAUGUUAUCAAUGAUAUCUAUUUAGUAAAUAUAAGCGAUGUAAAAGUCCCGUCUUUUUAAUCCCCCACAGCUCGCCCCUCUAACCCCACAACUCCACCCCUACCCCACCCUUCUUUGGCAAUAGUUCCGCGGUCCUUGUGUUUUUUACACGACAAAACUCGAACGAUAUCCCCCUCUGUUUACAAGUUUUUAAACGCGACACAUGUUCUACGUAUUCUCUGAGUAACUACGUCUCGCUUUGACCCUUCCUGUAUGGUCGCAGAAGUGUACAGUCUCUCUUCUACAUAAUGUACCAUUUUUAUUUUAAGUCGUCUGUAAAAUUAUAUCGCUAAUAUAUAUGGUUUAUGUAAUAAUUGCUUGUAAAAUAUUAGGUAAUAUCUGCAUGAUAUGGAAUGUAGUAACACUAUAUUAUAUGCGCUAUUGAAUUAAAAAG